AAGUUGUUUCGUGGCCUAUUUUCUUUGUGUUUCCUGUGUGUGCAUAAUAAGGAUCUAAAGCGGCACACACAACGGAGUUGGUUCACUGGGCAACAUUCUGCAAGUACUCAGGGCCUACGUAUCAGAUUUAUAGCUCCUCUGCAGCUUCCUUUUACACACAAUGAUGGAUGUAUCUGAGCCAGUCAAGGUCACAGCAGAAAGUCUUGGAGUGUCGCAAGGGCAAGAAUACGAGGGGCAAAUACAGUACGAUUUGGGCAACAUGAUGGCGAGCGAUCACGGCCCCAUCGAUCAGGCUCGAUUCAGAGCUGACCCCGAUGCAGCCUGCCUUGAAGUCGCCACUCAGAUGACACAGAGCCUGGUGGCUCGCCUCUUCGAGCUGCCCAGCGAGGCUGCCCUGGAGGGCCGCGUGGCGCACCUGCCGGAGCCGACGACGGCACUGCCGCGGGCCAAGCCGCUGCCGAAGCCGCGGGAGCCGACAAAGUGGGAGCAAUUUGCGCAGCGGAAGGGCAUCGUGAAGAAGAAGCGCAGCAAGGAGUUGUGGGACGAGGAGGCCGGCGAGUACCGCCGCCGCUUUGGGUACAAGCGCGCCGGGGACGAGUCUGAGGUGCCCAUCAUCGAAGCCACGGCCGAUGACAAGGUUGGGGAGGACCCCUUUUCAAAGCUGAAGGCGGAGAAGCGCGAGCGCGUGAAGGACCAGCAGAAGCGUCAGCUGCAGAACAUCAAGGCCAGCGCCAAGGCCGUCGGGACCUCAGCCGCGCUGCCGCCCACCCUCAAGCUGGCCGCCGCACUCCCUGCCCACGGCAAGGGCAAACCCACCAAGCGCAAGGACAUGCAUGAUGAUAUCAAGGCGGCGUCCAGGCAAGCGGGAGUGUCAACAGCGUCGAUGGGGAAAUUUGAUGAGAGGCUGCCGGGGGAGAAGGCCGGAGAGCGGGGGACCAGCAGCAAGCGCCAGAAGUUCGACCCCGUGUCUGGCAAGCCUGGCACAGAACUGAAGAAGGCUGCGGGGCUGGUGGACAGGAUCAUCCGUGAGCAUGCAGACGACAUCCUGGACUCGGACAAGGCUGUGCGCCGUGUGGAGGCAGAGCGCCACAGCCAGCUGGCCAGUGCACGGGCGCAGGACAGCGAUGACGAGGGCAAACGGCCGAGCCGGGCAGGGGACAAGGGCAAGAAGGGCAGGGGUGGCAAGGCGACCAGCACAAAGGGGCAGCGCUUCGCUGCGCUCAAGCGCACUGGGGGUGCUGGUGCGGCUGGGGGUAUCAGCAAGGGUGGCCGAGGCGCCAGCCGCGGCGGUGGCGGCCGAGGUAUGAGCCGGGGUGGGGGCCGGGACGGCGGUAGGGGCGGUGGCAGGGGCGGUGGCAGGGGUGGUGGCAGGGGGGCGAGCAGGGAUGGGGGCCGGGGCGGUGGCAGGGGAGGAAGAAGGGGCGGUGGCAGGGGUGGCAAGAGGUAGAAAACACGGAAGUAGAUAGGACACAAAGGAGUUAUAGUACGGUUUGUUGGUGGGUGUGCAUGCUGUGUAAACUUUACAGUUGAAUGGGUCAUAAGGAUUUCAAAAGGCCUGCUACAUCAUCCAGCAGGACACUUGUUUACAUGAUGUUUAUGGGCAAGGUUCACAUCAUACGUUGCAAAAAACCUCAUAGUGCAAAGUUUGUUGAUCUGCUCCAUCUGGUGGUCAAAAGCCCCUAUCGUCCAGAUUGCGGUCCACAAAAGCCUGCAGCCUGCAGGCAGACUCUGUAUGUUAGUGUAAUUUAUCAGUACUAGG